AGAUUUAAGUAGACCAAAGAGACAUGACAGCUCACUGUGAUAAUGUGAUCAUUGGUUGGAUCCUAGACUUCUAAAAAGCUAUAUGGCUUGCCUUUCUUUCUUUCUUUCUUUUUUUGGACCUUUGGGGAAAUUUGACUGUGGACUAGAAUUAGGUGAUGUUAGAGAAUUAUUCAUUUUAAUAGCUAUGAUUCUGGAGCAGAAUCACCCCGGUUGAGAUUCCACUGUUCCACAGCAAUGUCUCCUAAUUGUGGGGUGUGUCUGUAAUCAGCAGGGAAGAGCUUUGAAAUCUUCUGCACCUGGGUCCCAUUCCCAAGGUUCUGGCAAUUCAGUAUAUCCAAGGUGGUGCAUGAUACCUUGAUUUUUGCAACUCUGCAAGUGAUUCUGCCUGUGCUCUUGCAGGUAUAAGCCACUGUUAAGAGUCAAGCUCGCUCAUCGGAACUUCCCUCUGUGGCAAAGCUCAUUUCUGCCAGAGUUGGACCUUCUUUCUGGAGGGAUUUUGUAUUAGAAGACAUGGAUCUUGCUGCUAAUGAGCUCAGCAUUUAUGACAAACUUUCAGAGACUGUUGAUUUGGUAAGACAGACGGGCCAUCAGUGUGGCAUGUCAGAGAAAGCAAUUGAAAAAUUUAUCAGACAGCUGCUGGAAAAGAAUGAACCUCAGAGGGGACCACCCCAGUAUCCCCUCCUUCUAGCUGCGUACAAGGUCCUCGUAACCCUGGGAUUAAUCUUGCUCACUGCCUACUUUGUGAUUCAACCUUUCAGCCCAUUACCACCUGAACCAGUGCUUUCUGGAGCUCAUACCUGGCGCUCACUCAUCCAUCACAUCCGGCUGAUGUCUUUGCCCAUUACCAAGAAGUAUAUGCCAGAAAAUAAGGGAGUUCCUCUGCAUGGGGGUGAUGCAGACAGACCCUUUCCAGACUUUGACCCCUGGUGGACAAAUGACUGUGAGCAGAAUGAGUCGGACCCCAUCCCUGCCAACUGCACCGGCUGUGCCCAGAAAUUACCCCUCAAGGUGAUGCUCCUGGAAGACACCCCAAGGAAAUUUGAGAGACUCCAUCCUCUGGUGAUCAAGACCGGACAACCCCUGUCAUCUGAGGGGCUUCAGCGUUUUUUGUGCCAGUACCCUGAGGUGACAGAAGGCUUCACCGAAGGGUUUUUCACCAAGUGGUGGCGCUGCUUUCCUGAACGGUGGUUCCCGUUUCCUUACCCAUGGAGAAGACCUCUGAACAGAUCACACCUCUUACGUGAGUUUUUUCCUGUGUUCACCUACCUACCGUUUCCAAAAGAAGCCUCCUUGAAAAAGUGCUUCCUUCUUCAACCAGAACCUAUUGUGGGGAGUAAGAUGCAUAGGAUGCAUGACCUGUUUACCAUUGGCAGCGGCGAGGCCAUGUUGCAACUCAUCCCUCCCUUCCAGUGCCGAAGACAUUGCCAGUCCAUGGCGAUGCCACUAGAGCCAGGGGAUAUUGGCUAUGCUGGCGCCACCCACUGGAAGGUCUACAUUAUAGCCAGAGGGGUCCAGCCUUUGGUCAUUUGUGAUGGAACCACCCUCUCAGGACUGUAGGAAACAGAACUAAAGGAACAGGUUUGAGAGCUAAAGACCGGAUCGAAAGGGGGAAAAUAAAAACAAAAAACGAUGAAACCACUUUCCAGGGGUUGGUUGCUUAGUUACCUGCCCUGUGCAUGUGUGUGUGAGCCAGUUGUGUGCUGGAAGCAAAGGCCAGAGCCCAGCCCUCCCAACUCUUCCAGCCCAGCUGCUUGGCCAGGACUUUGCCAAUACCAUCUGUGAGAGACUGGCCUCUUCCAGGCCUUUUGGCACCAAAGCCUUGAGGCUGCCCUUCAGGCAGGGAGCACGGUUGAUACCUUCCCUCACUUGCAUGUCAUGAUCCCCUCUGCUGGCUCCCUGGCCACGAGAGGACAGUCACCAGGUCCUGACUUUAGAGCCAUCCGCUACCAGGUGGGCCUGCCUGUCCUCUCUUCCUGGUCACACCACCCUGUACUUUUUUUGGAAAGCUGUGGAUGAUUAAAGAAGUCAUUGCAGUUUCCCAAGCAGAAUGGAAUCUAGAACCAGUGAAGAAGGAUCAAGUAACCUCAAACUGCACUCAAGAAGUGCACUUCUUUCCCAGUGUCCAUGGCUCUUGGAGUAUCAGCGAUGCCAGGUCGGAGUCUGAUUGUAAUUGAAAUGGUAAUUCCUAAGGUAAUACUUGUCUCCAUUCUAUCAGUUCUUAUGCCUCUCCCCUCCCUCCCCUUCUCCCUUGCCUAUCUGGAUGGCUUCUCAGAAGUUGGGCUCCUGGUCCCCCUCCCUUGGAUGGGCCAGCACCCUUUACUGCUGAGGCAGCACUGCUCUUGUCAACUAUGUUGCUUUUACCAAAUGUCUUCGGAAGGGGAGAGGGUGCCUCCCCGGGUUUGAUCUUUAGGGUCCAACUUUCUGCAGGAAAGAUGUUUUACAGACGUGUCAAGCUGAUGUUGUAAUGUGGUUGGGGAAGGAACUCCAGACCCAAGAGUGUUGGCCAGCUGGGCGUAUGACUGUGUGACCCUCUGUCUUGAAAUGAUUUCUCUGUCUGUACUGGGAGCCAAGGUGAGGUGUUUUUAUUUUUUGUGAAAAUAUAAAAUCAUGUUCUUUUGAUUGGAUGAUUCAUUAUGCUCAUUGUUUUCCCCAAGUGCUUUUAGUGUGUCUUAAGUGUGUAAAGAAGGACACUCUUUUCUUGUUUCCUUUUUCCCUUUAUUAUUCCUUUAUCGACUCUUAAAUAUCUGGCUUCUGAUCAUGCCAUUGCCAAGUUGAAGAAAAAGCAAACCACACUGCAGCCCUGGUUCUGAACUGCAGAAAUCAAACAGAUACUGGAGGUGUCUGUGUUGAGUUACAGACCAGAGGCAGACAGUGGUGAGGGAAGAGGGCGGGUGUGACUCCUUAUGGGGUCUUCUUCAUCCUUGGAGGCACCCCUGCACCUUGUCCGCAGACCCUCUUUCUCUACACAUCUCACGAGCAGCAGUGAGGAUCAUCAGGUGCUUGAGUGGCCUGUGUGUGGGCUUGUAAGGGACAAGGAGGGUUCACAGAGUUCAGGGUGGAAAAGCUCAGAGCCUCCUCCAUGGUCUUGAGUGAAACUAGGAUGAAUUGUACCUGAGGGGAUUCUUCCUUAAAAGAAUCAGGCCUGGUGUGAAUUGAUACAGGAAAAACAAAACUUUGUGUCCAUAUGAAAGUCAUGCUGCUAAGCAGUUACAAUUUAAGAGGUUUUAGAUCAGAGAGAUCAUUUGGAGGCCAGCUUUGUGCAAGCUUUUUGAGCCUUUUCAGUGUCUGUCCUUACCUCUGCUGCAUAUGGGGAAGGUUUAUACAUAAACAAGUUCUUUAGAGGCCUCUCAGCGUUUUUCUUAAAUUAGGUCCUCUGGGUUAACAAAAGACAGGGUUCCUUAGGAGCAAAGCAACUGUUUUGUUGAUGGAAAUUUCUGUUUUUAUGAAUUACCCUGUGUUCCUUCCCCAUUUUACUCCAGGCCUUUCCAUUUUACUCCAGCCCUUUACACCUUAAAUGUUCAUAAAAUACCCUCUUCGGCUCAAAACUGAAAAACCCUUGUAUGUGUUGGUGUUCUGAGGCAUCCUCUGGGAGGUCCCCUGAGCUGUCUACAGUUCAACAAAGAAUGGUAUGGCAGCAGAUAAGUAGAGACUUUUAAAAAUCAUUUAAAAAUCUGUCCAGUUCAGAAUUGAAUAUAGAUUUAUGUUAGGGGAGAAGUUCUCCAAAGAGGUUUUCCGCUUUUAAUUACUGGACACUGAGAAGUCAUUCACCUUCUUCUCAAGGUAAUUCUGAAAAGCAGAAUCUACCACUGACCAGUCAAUGAUCAAUGGGUUGCCGGCCAAUUCCUUUCUAGUUAUCCAAGUCUUUGUGUGAGGGUGCCACAGGAUAUCCCCUGCUCACCUAGCUCUCAGCUCCUCCAUUGAAGCAGCAAAAGUCCCUCCACAUUUCCCGGUGUGGGAAAAGGGUCAUAAAGAUGAGGAAACAGGGUCGGGGGGCUGGUGGGACCACAUAACUCCCCAUCUCUACCACCACAGUAAGAGCAAAACCACAGAGCUUGCUUUAAACAGAGGGACUUGCUCUCGUGAAUUGGAGUUGUUUAGUAAGAGGUCACGUGGUGGUGACCUUCGCACAUGGGUUAGGUUCCCUUUCUUGUCAGUUCCCAGAGCAGAGGCUCGUGUCCCCAGAAUUCAGCUCUCAGGGGAGAAAGGCUGCUUUGGCACCAGUUUGAAGUAUUAUAUCCAGGUGUCCUGAGGUCCCCAGGAGUCAGGUGUUGAACAGACACUACACCUGUCCUGGCUUAUGAAGAGAGGUAGAACUUAGACUCUCCCCACUCUCAAUUUUUCAAGGAAGGGAGAGAGUGAAAUAACUGGUUUAUGAAAACAGAAUCUGCCUCUUCGGCAAAAUACAAAACGUCUAUGAAGUGGACAAAUUUGGGGUCAUUUUCUGAGAGAAAGAAAUAGUAACAUUUGUCCAGUCCAUUCCAGCUUGAGUGUCUCGAGGGGCUUCCCUGGUGGUGCAGUGGUUAAGAAUCCGCCUGCCAAUGCAGGAGACAUGGGAUCGAGCCCUGGUCCGGGAAGAUCCCACAUGCCGCAGAGCAACUAAGCCCGUGCACCACAACUACUGAGCCCGCGCGCCUAGAGCCCAUGCUCUGCAACAAGGAGAAGCCACCGCAAUGAGAAGCCCGUGCACCACAGAGAAAAGUAGCCCCUGCUCGCUACAACUAGAGACAGCCCACGUGCAGCAACAAAGACCCAACACAGCCAAAUAAUAAUAAUAAUAAUAAUUUUUUUAAAAAAGUAUCUCGAUAUACAUGAUCUCUGAUCUUUUGUCAGUCCUGUAAAGCAGGUAUUAGAUCCUCAUUUUACAAGUAAAGAAACUGGGGCUGAGGACUGUCGGGUAGAUGGCUGGUUCCACCAAUAAUGGUUCCACAUUAUUUUUCUGCUACAGCAAGUAUGGUGCCCAGGAAUGAAGCUGUGGGUUUAAUUGACUCAGGUGUGCCCAGCCAGGUAGGAGAACCUAGGGGCAGGGUCAGCAAGCCGGGAACUCUUCAGGGUUUGUUUUCAAAACUGUUUUGUUCAGAAAUGGAGAGAAUCUAACAGAUGACUUUUAUAAAAAGCCUUUCACUUUUUCCCUCUCCAUCUGAAAACUCUUUUAAGAGUGAAUGUGGCUGGAACACAACCAUGUCCAGCCAUCUUCCCAUCACCACAAGUUUCCAGAUGUGUGACCAGAAGAAGGGCUCUGCCCAAUUCCGGUUGUGGGUCCCCUUGGAGUUUACAUCACUUGUUUUUGAGUUCUUGGUUUUCUAUUCCCUUCUUCCAAAACCCAGCAUAGACCUCAGCGUAGGAACAAUUAUUUUAAAACAAAAUAGUUCCUCAGCUGCAGGUGAUGGCCUCAAUCAUUUUAAUACAGUCUGGAUGAUAUUUUGCUCAUUAACCAGUGCCUUCCAUAGUGAAAAUUCAAAACCUCAAAGCAGAUGUUUGCUUCUCAUCUAAUCCUCGUCCAGCAGAAGGCCAGGUCGUAGGGGAAAGUGAAGAGUCUGGUUGCAAGGAGAAAGAUGCUCGUCUACCUUUUGAGAAUCAAUUAUUAAACAGGAAUCUCUUAGGCUUUUGAGUUCUCCUGUCGAUGGAAGAAAAACUCUCCUGAGUUACAAGUUCCACACUCAUUAACUUUCAUUUUUAAACUUUUUCACCCACUAAAAUCGGUUGAAGGACGGGAGUGCCAGAGAUGUGCUUUAAAAUAGCAUUUUGGUUUGAGAGUCUCUCCACGUUUGGACCUGCGUAUACUGGGUCCAGAGCAGACGCGUGUCUGAGCCAGGAGGCUAUGAAGGUCAGGCGCUUAUGGAGAGAGCCCUGUCACAAAUGAAAAAUGGGAGGCUCUGGGAAUGUGCUGUGUCGCCAUCAGCCUCCCCAUAUCUCCAGCAGCUUCUUCUGCAAAAGCAUCUCAGAGAAGAUGGACGGGGGGUCUCCCUUGUGCACCACAUCCGAGUCUACCCACCGGGCGCAACAUGGCUUUAAGUGCUGGCCUUGGUGAGAAACCCUCCAGCUAGCUCGUCUGUGGUCCAGGUCCUCUAGUGUCUGGUUUCCCUGCCCUGCGUAAUUUAAGCAUUAGACCUAAAUCUGUCAUUUCUCCCUCUCUGGAGGCUGUGAAAUGUCCAGCCCUCUUCAGAAUAGUAGAGAGAAGAAAUGUUAACAUAACUGCAAGUGGAGGCCUGGAACUGUCCAGACAUGGUGGGGCUGCCCACAGGCCAUUCCUCCUGUCUUCAUGCAGCUGAAAUCUGUCCGUCAGCCCGCAUCAAUCCAAGAGUGAGCCACAGCUGCAAGCACCCGUGCUGAGGAGGGAAACCAAUUUAGGGCUUCAGACAGAAAUUGGAGUGUCGGGACAUCUGCUUUGUGGCGGGCAUAAUUGUCCUCAUUCCUGACAACAGCUCUGUGGGGUAGGUGAGGUCAGCAGUGUCCCACCCUUCAAGCUUCAGCCCCUCAGAGCACUUCCAACCUUUCAAGGAACAAACUCUCACUUAACCUAUGAAAAUUGGUGACGGAAACUGACAGACCUGUGGCAUUCCCAGAGAAGCCCCAGCCUCAUAGGCGACUUUCCCUCCAAACUUCUCUCCAUAGUUUCACCCUCAGAAAAGUGCUGGCUGUGGUCUCUUCCUCCCCCUGCCUCCUGGGGAAAGGUCAGUAACAGACGCCUAGGCUGGGGGAGAACACUGGAGAGGCAAAGGGAAGCAGGAACUCAGUGCUCAGCCUCUUCCCCGCCGCCAUCAGGGACGGGAGCCAGGACGGCUGCAGCGCGUCUUCAGGGAACCAGGGUGGUGGGCCUGGGUGGUCCCAGUGAGCAGAGGAAGGGGGACACCUGUCCCGCCACGAGUGCUCCAAAUGGUCUAAGCUCUUACUCCGUGUUCAGUGUGGAAUGUUGACCAUAACGUAAUGUACUGCAAACUUGUAAAGAAUGUAUGUAAAUUAAAGUUUUAUGUAACAAAAAUUUUUACUUUUUGCAAUUAAAAGUGUGUAUGUUGGUUGAUAAGAACUUUCCUGUACUUGAUGUCAUUCUUUGGUUUCCAGUUUUCUCUUCUCCCAUAACUCGGAGACUUGUAGUCACAUCCUACUCAUGAGGCAGGCCUCGAGGCUCUUCUGUGGGCCUCCGGGUUACCUGUCCAUAUGGGCCUCGGUUCUUCUAACACCUACACCCGGCUUUGUACUCGCCUGCAUUCACAGAUUCUUCUGUUAUCCCUGUUCUAACCCUUUGCCCACAAUGACUUCUGAUCUCCUGUUCCCACGAGUUCUCAAAUCUCAGUCCUCCUGUUAAUACUGUCCUCUGUUCUUGCACUUUGCCCAAAAUUCAAAUGAGACCCUCAACGCCAUUUUCCUUCUCCCAGACGGCUGCACACGGCCCAGGUGCCCUCACAGUGUCACCUCAUCCGUGGAUGUCCUUGGUCCUUGCAGGAGGACAGUCAGGCCCCCUUGCUGGCUCACCCCUGCUGCCACAAGAUUAGGGCCACUGUCAGCACUCAAUCGAGAUUUGAUUGAAGUCAUUUUUGUGUGUUCAUAUUUUUAUAAUUUCUUUUUAAUAUAUGCAUAGUUUUAUAUAAAUGCAUAAAUAUGGCCAUUUCUUAUAUAGUGUUUAGUGUCCUGUUUUAUUUUAUUACUUGCUGCACCCUUCUCCCUCUCCUCCACCUUAUCCCUCCCCCUUCCCAAGUCAGGUAAAUGUAAUAUAUACACAGCCAUACCCUGCCAUGUAUCUUUCCACACUUUCUUCCUUGUUCUCUAAUCACAAUCAGAAAUCAUAAGAUUUUUGUCAUUGCUUUGCCAAUAUUG